GGGCGGGCCUGGCCCGGCCUAUAUAUUGGGUUGGCGCCGGCGCCAGCUGAGAGCCGAGCGGUAGCGGGUCUGGCGAGAUUUCACACACCUGAAAGAAGAGAAUGUCAAGACGCAGUAGCCGUUUACAAGCUAAACAGCAGCCCCAGCCCAGCCAGACGGAUUCCCCCCAAGAAGCCCAGAUAAUUCAGGCCAAGAAGAGAAAAACAGCCCAGGAUGUCAGAAAAAGAAAAGAGGAGAAGGUCACCAAGAAACAUCAGUAUGAAAUUAGGAAUUGUUGGCCACCUGUAUUAUCUGGGGGGAUUAGUCCUUGCAUUAUCAUUGAAACACCCCACAAAGAACUAGGAACAAGUGACUUCUCCAGAUUUACAAAUUACAGAUUUAAAAAUCUUUUUAUUAAUCCUUCACCUCUGCCUGAUUUAAGCUGGGGAUGUUCAAAGGAUGUUUGGCUAAACAUGUUAAAUAAAGAGACCAGAUAUGUUCAUGACAAACAUUUUGAAGUUCUGCAUUCUGACUUGGAACCGCAGAUGAGGUCAAUACUUCUAGACUGGCUUUUAGAGGUAUGUGAAGUAUACACACUUCAUAGGGAAACGUUUUAUCUUGCUCAAGACUUUUUUGAUAGAUUCAUGUUGACCCAAAAGGAUAUAAAUAAAAAUAUGCUUCAGCUCAUUGGAAUUACCUCAUUAUUCAUUGCUUCCAAACUUGAGGAAAUCUAUGCUCCUAAGCUCCAAGAGUUUGCUUAUGUCACUGAUGGAGCUUGCAGUGAAGAGGAUAUCUUAAGGAUGGAACUCAUUAUUUUAAAGGCUUUAAAAUGGGAACUCGGUCCUGUAACAGUCAUCUCCUGGCUAAACCUCUUCCUCCAAGUUGAUGCUCUUAAAGAUGCUCCUAAAGUUCUUCUACCUCAGUAUUCUCAGGAAAAGUUCAUUCAGAUAGCUCAGCUUUUAGAUCUGUGUAUUCUAGCCAUCGAUUCAUUAGAGUUCCAGUACAGAAUACUGGCUGCUGCUGCCUUGUGCCAUUUUACCUCUAUUGAAGUGGUUAAGAAAGCCUCAGGUUUGGAGUGGGACAGCAUUUCUGAAUGUGUAGAAUGGAUGGUGCCUUUUGUCAGCGUAGUAAAAAGUACUAGCCCAGUGAAGCUAAAGAUUUUUAAGAAGAUUUCUAUGGAAGACAGACACAAUAUACAGACACACACAAAUUACCUGACUAUGCUGGAUGAAGUAAAUUAUGUGAACACCUUCAGAAAGGGGGGACAGUUGUCACCAGUGUGCAAUGGAGGCAUUAUGACACCACCGAAGAGCACUGAAAAGCCACCAGGAAAACACUAAAGGAGCGAGUAAUAAGCACACAAGUGGGAACUGAUGAAGUAAUGUACAGAAUUUCAUAGACCUGAACUACUUAAGUUUUACAGGAAAACAGUGCCGUGACUGUCCUAGCCAAUUCAGAAGUGUCACUGCCAUUCUUUGAUUUUAAAACCACUUAAAACUGGCACCAAGGAAGAAAUUCACUUAAUUCUUAUGUCAGCUGUUUAAAGAGACAGCAGGACUUGUUUACAAGGGCGACUUCAUUCCCAACGUUGACUGGACAGAAGCCAGCCGUGAUCCACGCCGUAACCAUUUUUUUGACCCAGUGUUACUUUACUAUGUUUAUCUUAAUAAACUAGGAAUUUUAUCAUUGGAGUUUUCGACUAGCUAAGUGCUACCUUAAAGGGUACAUUAAGUGAUACAGUACUUUGAAUCUAGUUUUUAGAUUCUCAAAAUUUAUAAACUCUUGAUAGUGCAAUUUGGUUCUUGAAAAUAAAAUUUAAACUUGUUUACAAAGGUUUAGUUUUGUAAUAAGGUGACUAAUUUACCUAUAGGUGCUGUAGCAAGCUAUUAUGAAACUUGAAUUUUUUAAAAUGGUGAACUUUAAUCUGCCUGACUAGUUUCUUUGCCUUGCCAUAACAUGUUUAACCAGUAAGGCUUAGACGAACAUGGUGUUUUAAACUGUGCUCUGAACAGUGGGAGUACCAAAGAAAUUAUAAACAAGGUAAAUGCUGUGGCUCCUACGUGGGGCUUUGACAUAAAGGUUGCUUUAUAAUAACUUUUCUGUACAUCACAAUUUGGGUGAAAAACUUAAGUACCCUUUCAAACUAUUUAUAUGAGAAAGUCACUUUAUUACUCUAAAAAAAAUCCUUAGGGUUAUCUUAAUUUAGUGUGACCAAGGCUUUAUUUAUGUUUGCAAAACUGUUAAGGUCCUUUUAAAAUUCCUAUAUUAUGAGUUAAGGACAGUGUCAAAGUGAUGAAGCUUAACACUUGACCUAAACUUCUAUUUUCUUAAGGCAGGAAAGUAGUAAAUGUAUACUGACUCCUAGAAAUCUAUUUAUUAAAAAAGGAAAAAAAACCUUGACCUAGAAACUUGCUGUAUAUAGUUAGCUACUGCUACAUGUUUUAGUUUUUUAAAAAUGAAAUUUCAGCCUCAAAAGUGGAUUUAAUUAGAAAAAUUAUACUAGAUCAGUAGUUUGUUACUGGACAUGUGAAUCUCUUCCUUUGAAGAAAUUAUAAAUUUAAGCUAUUGUUUUGGUAUGAAAUCUUCUGUAUAGUUUUUGUUUUUAAACUAAUGUUUCAGUAUUUUAUCUGAAAAGAAAACACCACUAAAUAUGUAUAUAUGUAUUAUAUAAACUUAAUCUUUUAAUACUGUUUAUUUUUAGCCCAUUGUUUAAAAAAUAAAAGUUAAAUUUUAACUAACUGCUUAAAAGUAAA